AUUUUCGCUUGAAAGUUCUUCCCUGAAACUGCUUAGUAAUAGCUCCCUGUCAGUGUUUCUAACUCAGUAAUAUUUAAGGUUUGCUUGUAGGGUCUCAAAGCUGCAGUAGAGCCAUUAAGACAAGAUAUGGAACAUUCAACUAAUUUCAGACAAACCCUUCAUUUGCUUUUGCUUUGUUAUUUUCUGUUCGGUCGUAAUGAUCUUGCUCUUGCUGAUCCUCCCUAUUCGGUUUGUUCAAACAAUACCAAUAAUAAUUCAUUGAAUACUUCAUUUCAAACUAGUCUGCAAAAUCUCCUCGGUUCACUGGCCUCAAACGCUUCAGUCUCCAGAUACUACAAUAUCUCUUAUGGAAAUGAAACCGAUAAAGUUUACGGCCAGUUCAUGUGCCUCGACUAUGUUUCAUACGACGAUUGCCAUGGCUGCAUCUUAGGGGCAACACAGGCUAUAAUGAAUCUUUGUCCCAACAAAACAGAAGCAGUCGUUUGGGAGGAAGUUUGUCAAUUGCGUUACUCAAAUGUUAGCUUCCUCGGUCAAUUGAAUGUCAAAGACAACAUCGGCAAAGAUAACGUAAUUAAUAUCUCAGAACCAGUAAAAUUUCAAGCUCUUGUGGAGAACAAGCUGCGAAAUCUUACCAAACAGGCAGCCUUUAACUCUUCGGCAAAUAAGUAUGCUACUGGUGAUGAACCGUAUACGAUAGAUGACACUUUGUAUGCUCUGGUGCAGUGUACCUUAGACUUAUCCCCUGAUGAAUGUAACAAAUGCCUUGAAGCUGCCAUAAAAGAUGUUGCAUCCCAGUGCUAUGGUUCUCGUGGAGCAAGGUUACUUAGUCGCAGUUGCUAUCUUAGGUAUGAGUUAUAUGCCUUUUAUGAAGGUGCCAAUGAAACCUCUGCUUCCCCGAAAACUCAACCCACAACAAGAAGUGGUGGAAGUGGAAGGAAAAUAUGGGUGAUUAUAGUUCUUACAAUUGGAUCAGCAUUUUUGGUGGUAGUGCUAAUGGCUUCCUUUGUAUACUCUGGUGCAAUGAAGAAAGGAACUCGAAAAGGGAAGGACGAAAUCCUGAGAAAUCAUGUUCAACUACACAAUAGUGGGGACUCUGAGAACCCAGAUUUCCAGGAUUUUGAAGGCUUAGAUGAGUUAAAAGCAAAUGAUUCUUAUAUUGAUUUGGUAACCAUACACUCAGCUACUAAUAACUUCUCUGAUUCAAACAUGCUGGGACAAGGUGGUUUUGGACCUGUUUACAAGGGGGUACUUCCUGAUGGAAAGCAAGUGGCUGUCAAACGGCUUUCAAGGUUCUCUGAGCAAGGUGCCUUGGAGUUCACAAAUGAAGUCCUACUGAUAUUGAAACUUCAACAUAAAAACCUUGUCAGGCUUCUGGGUUUCUGUGUGGAUCAGCAAGAACAGUUGCUUGUUUAUGAAUUUAUGCCCAACAGCAGCCUUGAUGUUGUCCUCUUUGAUCCAAAGAAACGUGCACAACUCAAUUGGAGCAAACGUUUAAACAUUAUUAAUGGAAUUGCAAGGGGAAUUCUUUAUCUACACGAGGAUUCACGACUUAGGAUCAUACAUAGGGACCUGAAGGCUAGUAACGUGUUGCUAGAUUUUGACAUGAACCCGAAAAUCUCAGAUUUUGGAAUGGCAAGAAUCUUUGCUGGAGCGGACGGUGAAGCUAAUACGGCACGUAUAGUCGGAACAUAUGGAUAUAUGGCUCCGGAGUAUGCCAUGGAGGGAUUGUAUUCGAUCAAGUCCGAUGUUUUCAGCUUUGGAGUACUUUUGCUUGAGAUAAUUACAGGCAGAAGGAAUGCAGGGUUCAAUCAAACGAAACAUGCCCAAACCCUUGUUGCAUAUGCAUGGCAUCUAUGGAAUGAAGGGAAUGCUCUGGAAUUGAUGGAUGCAUUACUAACUGAUGGAUUGAUGGACGAAUUUUUAAGAUUCAUUCAUAUCGGACUGUUGUGUGUCCAAGAAGAUGCAUUUGACAGGCCUACCAUGUCAUCUGUUGUGGUAAUGUUAAAAGGUGAAACUGUGACACUAAGCCAACCACAACAACCUGCCUUCUCCAUGGGAAGAUUUACUGAGCACCAUCAAACAUUCACUAGAAGUUGCUCCACCAAUGGUUUAUCAAUUUCAAGUGUUGCACCUAGAUGAUUGACCCCGAAACUCCAGUGAUGCCAGAGAUUCAAUCUUUUCUUUACCUGAAGGUUUCUACAUGUGAUGAUAACUUCAUUUCACAUAAAUUUAGUACAUACUAGUGUUAUCUUCUUUAAGAUAUUUUGUAUGUCAUAAUAAGUUUGUGACCUUGAA